AUGGCGAUUCAUCCUCAGCUACACUCCUCCCAAGCGGCCCAGGGGACCCUGUCGCCGCAGCAAACUCGAGCCAUCUCCGCAUGGACUGAACAGGCGACGGCAUCGCUGCACGAUCUGACGCUGACGGAGACGAGUGCGGCCGAUGGAAACGCAUCGCCCUCGACGACCCGGCCGAGUCUCCGUGGCCCCGGCCACUGGGUCCUCCCAAAGGUCAAGGUGGUCGGUCCCGAGUCUCGCCCGGCCCCGACAGUCAGCUUCCGGCGCCGUGAGCCUCUUCGUCGAGAUAGUUUGAAACGGCGCGACGCUCUGCUCAAGGGCAAGGAUGGGAGCCGCCGGAGACAGCGUUGGGAGAAUGACCGUUUGCUGCACAACCCGUGGGCAGAAGCACCAUCUCCGAACGACUGGGUGGUCCAGCCGACUUGCCCGCGUCAUGACCCCAUGCCAUACUAUCUGGCGCCGCUCUGGGAUGUCCACUAUUCGCGGAUGGCAGACCAACCGGCCAAGAAGACUGACGAGAAGCAUCGCGUUCCCAGAGAGCUGCGCUUGAAGUUGAAACAUGCUCGGGCCGCUCGCGGCAUGCUCCAGGAUCUUGAAGAGGAGAUCCGAGUGUUCAUCCGGAAGUGGAACGAGAAGCAGCUUCUCAUCCAGAAUGAAGGGUUGCAAGACGCCCCCGAAUCAUCUGCAGCGGAGGACUCGGAAGAUGAAAUUGUCUUUGUUGGCCGCAACGGCCAGAUGCAUGACACGCCCGAGCGAAAGCAGAGGCUGCGACAGCUGCGCGAGGAGAUGAGCGCGCACAACGAGCGAGAUGGCGAGAAGAUGGUCUUUGAGAGUCUGGUCGAUGACCGCGCCGCUGGGUUUGGUCGUUGGCUGGUCCACUCGAUUGCCUCAUAUUACGGUCUGCACACCUGGUCGGUCACUGUGGGAGAGCCAGCUCGCCGAGAAGCCUAUGUAGGUUUCCGUACCCCGGCCCCGGGCAGCCGAGCCGGACUGGUGUCACAUCCAGCCUGUCGCUCGGAGGCAUUGAUUCAGCCGGGCGAUGAGCUUCCGCAGCCUUUGUACGCACAGGUUUAG